CUCUCGCCGCCCGCGUCACACCCCUCCGUCCUCCCCGUUCCCCGAAAAGUUUCCUCUCCCCCUUCCGAGUUCCGACCUCGUCGUCCCGGCUCCAGUUCUUCUUCCCAUUCAUUCCCUCGCGCCGAAGCAACAACGAAUCCGCGCGCCCGCCAAAACCCUAGCCCCAGAUCCCGCGCCCGCCCGCCUCCUCCUCCGCAACUACCCUUGCUGGAUCCUGCUCGCCGUCCCCCGGCGCCCAGGCGACGGCGCCCGCGCCGGUCAUUCCCGCUCGCCGCAUUGGGGAGCUCGCGGUGCCGCCUUCGCUCGCGGGGCGGAGAUCUGGGCCGAGGAGGAGGUGAUUGGCCGCGGGGCGCAGGGGAUGGGGCGGGGGCGGGGGCGGCGGGCCCCGGGGAUCCGCGCGCUGGCGCUGGUGCUGCUCGCGGUUGCUGCGGCCGCGGGAGUCUCCGCGGGGGAUCCCGAUCCCGACGAGCUCGAGCGCGCGUUUCCAAUAGUGGAGCCAGACCAUGGACACACUAAACUUCGUCUCUCAGAACAAGGUCUUGAUGCAAUUCGCAGGAUUGAAAAUCCUAUUGCCAUUGUUGGUGUAAUUGGUCCCUAUCGAUCUGGAAAAUCUUUUCUCCUCAACCAGCUUCUCUCCUUAUCAUGUGAUAAAGGUUUUGGAGUUGGUCAUAUGCGAGAUACUAAAACCAAAGGUAUAUGGAUUUGGGGUACUCCUGUUGAGAUGGAUGUUGAUGGUUCCAAAGUUUCUGUCCUUUAUCUAGACACAGAAGGAUUUGAAAGUGUUGGGAAAUCAAAUGUAUAUGAUGACAGGAUAUUUGCUUUGGCAACUGUCUUAAGUUCGGUGCUUAUCUACAAUCUUCCUGAGACGGUGCGUGAAGCUGAUAUAUCUAGGCUUUCAUUUGCUGUUGAAAUUGCUGAAGAAUUCUAUGGAAGAGUGAAGGGGCAAGAUGUGGCUUUUGAGCCUGCAAAGCUUCUCUGGCUUAUCCAGAGAGAUUUCCUCCAAGGAAAAUCUGUACAGCAAAUGGUUAAUGAAGCCCUCCAACGGGUGCCUAAUGAUAAUGGAGACAAAUAUAUCGAUGAGGUCAAUCAAAUCAGAGAUUCUUUGGCAGUUAUGGGUGACAACAGCACUGCUUUUAGCUUGCCUCAGCCUCAUCUGCAAAGAACAAAAUUAUGUGACAUGGAGGACAAAGAGCUUGAACCAUUAUAUGUAAAACGGCGGGAACAAUUAAAGCAGCUUGUUUCAUCCAUCAUAAAACCAAAAAUCGUGCAGGGGAAAACUCUGAAUGGAAAGGACUUUGUGUCUUUCCUGCAGCAGAUUCUUGAGGCUUUGAAUAAAGGUGAAAUUCCAUCAACAGGAUCCCUUGUCGAAAUUUUUAAUAAAGCCAUUCUUGAGCGCUGUCUGAAGGUGUAUAGGGACAAAAUGGAUGGCUUAGGCCUACCAGUACCUUUAGAAAAACUGCAGCAAUUUCAUGAGAUGGCAAAUGAAGAAGCCAGAAUUAUCUUUGAUAAGCAGCACUUUGGUAAACAUCAUGCGGCUCAGUCGGUCCUCAAGCUUGAAGAUGAGAUUAAAAAGGUGUACAGAAACUUCCUUCUAGCUAAUGAGUAUCAAUCAUCAAAGCUUUGUGAAGCUCGCUUUUCUGAGUGUGAAGAUAAGAUGGAUCACCUUCAAGUAUUGAAACUUCCUUCAAUGGCAAAAUUCAAUGCAGGCUUUACUCACUGCAACCAAAGUUUUGUAAGGGAAUGUGUUGGACCUGCAAAAGAAAGCUAUGAACGUAGAAUGUCAAAGAUGCUUGUCAAGGCUCGUGCUCUUUUCAUCAAAGAAUACAAUAACAAGCUUUUCAAUUGGUUGGUGACCUUCUCCUUGGUCAUGGUGGUCAUCGGGCGCUUUGUCAUCAAGUUCUUCUUACUUGAAAUUGUUGCCUGGGUGAUGUUUAUCUUCCUAGAGACCUACACGAGAAUGUUCUGGUCAGCAGAGUCGCUGUACUACAAUCCAGCUUGGCACAUCAUUGUUUCUUCCUGGGAGACCAUCGUGUACAGCCCUAUUCUUGAUCUGGACAGAUGGGCCAUCCCCAUUGUCAUAAUGGUGUCAUUUGGGAUUCUUUACUGGAGAUGCUUUGGUGGUAGAAGGAAACGGGGCAGGGGUUCGCUCCUACCAGUGUACAAGAACUCAUACAAGAACUCAAGUCGCCCAAGAUCAGACUAGUGAUGUCAAAUGAUUGUUUUUUCUUUUUGAAGAAUGGUACAAAAUAUAAACUUAUAGAAGAGAAGCAAACUGCCCAUUGCGGGUCAUCUGUCCGUGCUGUUGGAUGGGCAUGUUUUGACAGGGCCUCUGCCAAUGCAUCUCCGAUUCUUUUUGGUCGAUGAAGAGAGGCAGUGAAACUACAUGCUUUGGGGCACUUGCGCAAGCCUUUGUUGUAAUUCGGACACCAGGAUACUAUAUAUCCAUCUUCUGUAGCUAGGCUGUUCUUACUAGUUACGACCUCAAUUCAUUGAUUAUUGUUUACAUCCACUGCAAUUGUUACAAGAAUUUUGUUCUUAACAUUUGACAAAUCAUACACCAAAUUGUAAGAGCGUGUACUGUGAUAGUAAUGAGUUGAAAGUGUUGAUCUGUGGGAUUUGGAAGUUCA